AUGUCGCUUUUUGCAGUGUUAAGUGUUAGCUGCAACAUGUCGCCGCCUAUUUCUCGAGCAUUUAGUCUAAGGAAAUCCAUCCCUUCUUUGUUCUUGGUAGGGUGCUCGGCAUCGUACAUCUUCGCCAUGGACAGGAAGACGUAUGAGCUCGUCGGGCCUGACUAUCCGGGUAACCGAGUGGAAGACGUCAAAGAUCCCUCGCUUGGUUGGAUGAUCGGUUUUCUGUUCCUCGUUGCUCUCCUCGGGCCAUUUGCCAUUGUCAUGCUACGAAAGGUAUUGGUGGUUGAUUACAAGCUUGCAUUUCCUGGUGGGACAGCUACAGCUCUGAUGAUUAAUACUCCCUCCGUUCCUAAAUACUUUAGCUUGCAUGGAGAAAAAGAAGCUGACGUUACAGGAAAGAAAGUCAGUUGCCUUGUAAAGUACAUGGGCCUUAGUUUUGGCUGGAGCUUCUUUAAGUGGUUCUUUAGUGGUGUUGGUGACUCCUGUGGUUUUGACAAUUUCCCAACAUUUGGAGUUGCAGCUUUUAAGAACACGUUUUAUUUCAACUUCAAUCCCAGUUAUGUUGGGUAUGGUCUUAUUUCUCCCCAUAUUGUUAACUGUUCAGUUUUUCUUGGAUCAGUCAUAUCAUGGGGUUUCCUUUGGCCAUUUAUCACAAAGCGAGCUGGUGACUGGUACCCAGAUAACCUUAGUAGCAGUGACUUCAGAGGCCUAUAUGGUUACAAGGUUUUUGUAGCCGUUUCCAUCAUACUUGGAGAUGGCCUCUACAACUUAGUAAAAAUCUUUGUUGUUAUUGCAAGAGGAAUUUGUAAUGUGCAAUUGACAAAAGGUGAUCAGCCUGUUCAAGCUCUUCAAGAUAACAAGAACUCUAGACAGUUAAUGGAUGACGAGCUUCAAAUUGAGAUAUUCUUCAAAGAUAGGAUACCAACAUGGUUUGCUGUUUGUGGUUACAUUGUACUUGCAGCAAUAUCCACCGUAGCUGUGCCCACCAUAUUUCCCCAGCUGAAGUGGUAUCUUGUGCUUGUCUGCUACUUACUUGCUCCGGCCAUUGCCUUCUGCAACUCCUACGGGAUGGGCCUCACAAACUUGAACCUUGCACCCACCUAUGGCAAGAUUGCCCUCUUUAUAUUUGCCUCGCUCGUCGGCAGCAGCGAUGGUGGCGUCAUUGCCGGCCUUGCAGCAUGUGGCAUAAUCAUGUCCAUUGCCUGCUCUGCGGCAGAUCUGAUGCAGGACUUCAAGUGCGGCUACCUCACCCUCUCUUCACCGCGUUCAAUGUUCAUCUCCCAGCUAACUGGCGUCGUGCUCGGAUGCGUCAUUGCUCCGCUCACACUGUGGCUCUUCUGGGCGGCCUUCGAUAUCGGCGACCCUGAUGGUGAGUACAAGGCCCCAUUCGCCAUCAUCUUCAGGGAGAUGGCCAUUCUCGGGGUCGAAGGUGUUGCCGCUCUGCCCCAGCACUGCCUCGAGAUCUGUUGCGCAUUCUUCUUGGCCGCGAUGGCCGUCAAUCUCCUGAGGGAUGUGACGCCCGCCAGUGCGUCGAGGUUCAUCCCCAUACCGAUGGCGAUGGCUGUGCCGUUCUAUAUUGGCGCUUUCUUCGGCGUGGACAUGUUGAUUGGGACGGUAAUCUUGUUCGUGUGGCAGAAGUUGAACGGGAGGGGUGCUGAUGAUUAUGCGGCGGCAGUGGCGUCCGGGCUGAUCUGCGGGGAUGGUAUAUGGAGCAUUCCAUCUGCUGUUCUGUCCAUCCUGAGAAUUGAUCCGCCGGUCUGCAUGGCCUUCAGGCCGUCCUCUGCCUUUUCCAGGUGAGAAGAUGGAUCCAAUGCUCACUCUAGGACAUGGAUUUGUGCCACUGAGUGAUGAAUCUCUGUAAUUUCAUACGUACAGAUGUGCAUCACUUUACUCAUGUACAAAGAAAAACGAACCACAACACUUUGGAGCCAUAUUGCUCCUAACCAACUGUACCAAACAUCGCGUUACACA